AUGCAGUGCGCAUCUCUUAGGAGGCGGGUCAUAUCGACUCGUGCCUUCCUAUAUACUACUAGAGGUUUCGCAACGCAGGUGCAGCAGAAUUCGACUGCUAUCCCCAACAGUGACUCCAAAGAAAGGGUUGUUAUUCUCGGCUCCGGCUGGGGCGGAUACUCGUUGUCACGUAAACUGGCCUCACGAUCCUUCUCACCCCUUAUUAUCUCGCCCCGUUCAUAUUUUGUGUUCACACCGCUACUGACAGACACGGCGAGUGGCUCGUUGGAUUUUUCAAAUAUCGUGGAGCCGGUGCGCGACCCCCAUUCCCAGGUGGAUUUUAUCCAGGCGGCGGCCCGAGGCGUCGAUUUCAACAAGAAGACGGUGUUGUGUGAAGCGACGGUGGUGAAAAGAGGCGUCACCGAGACGCCCCGUACCUAUGAGGAUGAACAAGUGGGCGAGCCAGGGUGGCAGCAAGGCGAGCGGUUCGAGGUGCCCUACGACAAGCUUGUGAUCGCUGUGGGUGCCGUCAGCAGGACGUUCAACACCCCCGGGGUGCGUCACAACGCCAUGUUCUUCAAGGACAUUGGCGAUGCGCGCCGGGUCAAGCGUCGGGUACGCGAGUGCUUCGAACUGGCCGUGCUGCCCACGACCUCCCCGGAAAUGCGCCAGUGGCUGUUGCAUUUCGCCAUUGUCGGCGCCGGUCCCACGGGCACCGAACUAGCCGCGUCAUUGCGCGAUUUCAUGCACGCCGACUUGAUGCGUCUGUAUCCCAGCCUACGCGGACUGCCACGCAUAACAUUGUAUGACGUGGCACCAACUGUGCUUUCAAUGUUCGACGAGACGCUGUCGCAGUACGCGAUGGAGACGAUGAAGAAGGAGGGCAUCGAGAUCAAGACGUCGCAUCAUGUGCAGGAUCUGCGCUGGGGGGCCCCUGCCGAGGACCCACCGUAUCGCAUGGAUCCCAAACGGUGUCUGACGCUGACGACGAAGGAGGAAGGGCAAGUGGGCGUGGGAAUGUGCGUUUGGACCACGGGCAACGCGAUGAACCCGUUAGUGCGCCAGUCGCUACACGAGGUGGCAACAUUUCCCCAGGCCUCGGCGACGAUAAAGGACAGCAGCAGCGGCAGCAGUAGCGGCAGCGACUCUUCCAACACCGUAUGGCAUGUUAAGAAAGCUCCGCGGGUCGGCGCACUGCUGGUGGACGGCCAUCUACGCGUGCAGCUCGAGAAAGACAACGGCACGACGGCGGUACUGCAGGACGUGUUUGCCCUGGGCGACAACGCAAUGUGUGAGAGCGGGGCACCGCCAGCGACGGCGCAGGCGACAUUUCAGCAGGCCAAAUGGCUUGCGAAGCGGCUGAACCGGGGCGACCUCGAGCGGAGUGCCCCGUUUUCCUUCCGCAAUAUGGGCAUGAUGGCGUACAUCGGGAACGCAAAUGCCCUGAUGCAAAUCCCACAUGAGAGCCGCGAGGGAUACCUGCCUGAGGGACUGACAGGGCGCAUGGCGUGGAUCGUGUGGAGUUCGGCGUAUAUGACGAUGAGCAUUAGUUGGCGCAAUAAGUUGCGAGUUGGGUUUCGCUGGUUGCUAAACAAACUCUUUGGGCGCGACAUAUCUCGAUAUUGA